AAGGUCACAGUUAUCGAAGAUGGUGGGGUGUUGACAAUAAGACAGAUAUUCUUACCAAUAUUAGUAUUUAUUGAACAAGCUGGGUAAAACAUUUUUUUAAAGGUUUUUAAUCAUCAUAAUAGUUCUACAGUAAUUGUGACCGGUAAAAAAAAAAACAAGGGUUUAAAAUGUCUGAGACGAGUGUUUUACGUCAACGGAUAAGCUCUGUCAUGGACAUUCUAACCUCCGCUGCCGUGACAGAGAUUUGCAAAUUAGUAGAGGAUUGCUGUGGAGCGUUAAGUGUAGAAGUCUCUCAAAGCAAAGAGCAAAUCAAAAUGCUAGAGAAGCAACUCAGCCUGACCGAGUCGAGGUACAGGUCGGUGAGUUGCAAAGAAGGGCAGACGCCCGGCUCACCAAUAAACAACAGUCCUUCCGGCAAUUCCCCCGCGGCCAAUGCGGAUGAUGCGGACGACACUCACGAUGACAAAGAUUUUCAGCAGUUCAUUGUCUCUGAAGUGGAGUUUCACCCUGAGCAGCAGCAUUGUAAGCAGGAGUUGAGCCCCAGUCUGGGGCAAGAUGAGUGGAACCCCAUACACAUUAAAGAGGAACAGGAGGAAUUCAGGAUCAUCCAGGAGGAGGAAGACUCUGUUUUCACUCCUGCCUGGGUGAAAAGUGACUAUGAUCAGUACCCAACUCAGUCCUCACAAACCCAAAGUGAAGAAUACAAAAACAGAAUGGCCUCAACUGAACAGAUCAAAACAGAACCUAAGGAAGAUAAUUCCUCAGAGCCAACCAGUGACUGUCAGUCCCAGUGCAAAUUGAAGAAGACAUGGACAGAAAUAGGACAAAGCUCAAAGGGUAGAAAAACCAUGGCUCUAAGGUCACCAGUGCAAAGGAGUCACACAGAAGAGAAACCAUUUUGCUGUAGUGAUUGUGGUGAACGUUUCACUCAGAUGGGAAAACUGGAUGCUCAUAGGAAGGCCCACAAAGGAAAGAAACCGCAUCGCUGUGAUGAAUGUGGCAAAUGUUUUACUCAAGUUGGGUAUCUGAACUAUCACAGAAAAACUCACACAGGGGAGAAACCUCAUCGCUGUCAUGAUUGUGGCAAAUGUUUCUAUCGAGUUGGUGAUCUGACACUUCAUAUGAGGAUUCACACAGGGGAAAAACCACUUUGCUGCCAGGUCUGUGGCAAAUGUUUUGCUCGUCCUAGUAAUCUGAGGUCUCACAUUAGGAUUCACACAGAGAAAUGUUAUUGCUGUCAUUAUUGUGGCAAAUAUUUUCGUCGUAAAGAUAGUCUGACCACGCAUAUGAGGAUUCACACAAGGGAAAUCAUAUAAUUGUUGCUAUAGUAGCAGAUCUUUCAGCACUGGUGGUAGUCACAUGAGUUCAUAUGAGGAUAAAUCCCAUGAACUAUAAACUAUAUCGCUGUCAGGAUUGUUGUAAAUGUUUCAAUAAUUGUUCGAAUAUGAGGAGACCAAGGGGAGGAACCACAUGCUACCAUGACUGGCAAAUAUUUCCUAACUGCCUUUCUUUAACAUUAGCUAGGUUUCCAUCCAAUUGGCAAUAGAUAUUAAUGUGACUAUUCUCAAAUCUGCAUAAAGAAAAUAUGCGCGUGUUUCCACCAAGCAGACUUGUUGUUGAUUAAAAAUCCGUGUGUGAUGACGUGGUGCACACAAUGUACAUUUUGGCCUAAGUUUUCAUGUACCGAAUAAAAAUCUAACUCUGCGAA